CCAAAGCCAAACCAAUCCCGGCGUCUUCUUCUUCUUCUUCUUCUUCUUCAGUUCACAACCAAACCACACAUCAACGCCUUCUUCUCUCCUCCUCCUCCUCCUCCUCCUCCUCCUCCUUCAUCUUUAUCCCUCGGCCGUCUGCGCAUCUCAUCGCGCCGGCAUGGCCUCCGAGGAGCAUCAUGAUGAGAACAUGCGGCCUCCACGGUUCCCGGGAAGGCCGCCACGGUACUCAGAAACGAGAAAGAGCUACGACCUCAACAGCAAGAUCAUGCUUGCUGCCAUCGUCUCCCUCUCGCUCGUCGUCGUCCUCGUCGUCCUCCUCCAUAUAUACGCGCGGUACGUCCUGCGCCGCCAGGCCCGCCGCCGGGCCGCCAUUCGGGACCUCGGCCUCACCCUGACCCCCGUGCACCCCAGGGAGGAGCCGCCCAAGUCCGGGCUCGACCCGCUGGUCAUCGCUUCCCUGCCCGUCUUUGUCUUCCGACGGGAGGGAGCGCGGGACGAGGUUGUGAGCGAAGGGGCGGCGGAGGAAUGCGCGGUCUGCUUGAGCGCGUUGGAGGACGGAGAGAUGGCCAGGGAAUUGCCCAACUGCAAGCACACGUUCCACGUCGGGUGCAUCGAUAGGUGGCUGAUCUCGCACUCGACGUGCCCGAUUUGCCGCACCGAGGCAGAGCCCCAAGCUCAGCAGGAACUGCCGCCGCAGCCUCCCGUCGGGGCCGCACCCACGGCCCCACCCCUGGAGCGCACAAGCUCCAUGUCAUCCUGCAUCGAGGGUACAUCCGACGGGGCAGCGAGGCCGUCAGCUAAGGUCACCGGAUCGAGUUGCCGGUUCGGUUCGUUCCGACGGAUGCUCAGCCGGGAAAGAUCAUCAAGGAGGAUGCCGUCCUGCGGGGCGGAAGACGGUUUAGCAGAUAUAGAGAGGCAGUGCUGAACUGCUGAUGAUCAUUCGAUCGGUAAUGGUUUUAUCUGGCAAAGUUCAACCAGAGAAUUUCUCAAAUCUUCACUGUUGCUGCUCAUACGGUUGAAUUUAACGCUA